AUGGAGACUAUACCGACAUAUCAUUCACAGGAGAAUGAUCCAUUUUUUAAAAUAUCGCCGAAUCUUUUCACGCCAGAAAGAUUAGAUUCAUUUAAUUCUAUUAAUUUAUAUACUAGUUUAAUUAAUGUUAGUGAUAGAUUAGAAAAUGGUAUACGAUUGAAUAAUAUUAGUUGGAGAAUUAUUAAUAAGGCUUUACUUAAAGAUCAUUCAAUUAAUAAAUCAAAAAAACGUGAUGGUGUUAAAAAUAUUUAUUAUAUUCUAAACCCAAAUUCAAAUAACGUAAUUAAAAAGGAUUCAAUAUCACAAAAUUCGACAAUUAAUAAUAAAAAUAAUAAAAAUAACAAUGAAAUUGAAACAAAAUCGCGGCAAGAAUCUAAACAAUUAUCAUCGUCAACUCUUAUUAAACCAAUAACUUCAACUGCAGAAUUAUUUCAAAAAUAUAAACCACAACAACAAGCUAAAAAAAAAGAAGAUCCACAAUAUAUUAUUGAAGGAUUUGAUACAUCAGAAUCAAAUAAACAAAAAUUUAUUAAUAAUACGAAUAAUAAUGUUAUCAAAAAAAAUGAAUCUUUAUUUCAAAUGAGUAAUGCUAAUGAACAAAUUAAUAAUAGUAAUAAUAAUAUAAAGGAAUCAAGUAGUUUUUUCAAGAAUCAAAAUGAAAAUAAAAUGUUUUUCAGUAGUGAAGAUGAAUAUUCUGAUUGGAAUAGUAUUUCAGAUGAAGAAGUAGAUUAUGAUGAUGACGAUUUUUAUAAUGAAAACAAUAAUAAGAGCACUCUUACAAAGAAGUCGAAAUAUGAUCUUAAUGGGAAAAAUAAUGAUAGAACAGGUAGACAUAGAUAUAGGCAUAAUGAUUUUGAUGAUGAAGAAUUUGAUGAUGAUGAUGAUGAUGAUGAUGAUGAUGAUGACGAUGAAGAUGAUCAAUAUUAUAGAAAACAAUGGGAUAAAUUAAUGUUUACAAAAAAUGAAAAUUCAAACAAUUCUAGACCAACGAGUAUAACGAGUUCUGCAAGCAGUAAUAAUAAUAAUCAUAAUAAUGCAGACAAUACAAAACGGAGUCUCCUGACGGGGUUGUUUUCUAAUGAAAAUAGUAAAACAAACAGUAAUAAUAAUAGUAAUAACAGUCAAGAUCGUAUAAAAACACCUCGUUCAAGUAGUUACUCUCAUGAUGAUCACACAACAAAUUACGACAAUAAUGAUAGAUCGACGCAACAACAAUCACGUUCCAAUAAUAAUAGCAAUAAUAAUAAUAAUAAUAAUAAUAAUAAUAAUCUGGGUUCCGUAAUUUCCCCUAAAAGUUCCACAAGUAAUACAUCCAUGCAUGCUGCUCCAUUAGAAGUAGUUCUAAAGAAGUCUCAACCUUCUAAUUCAACAACAACCACUCAAGUUCAUAGUAGAACAAGUAGUUUCAGUAAUAGUAUAUCUGCACCAAGGCGAGACCGUUAUUUACAUGAAUCAAACGCUCCAUUAGCCGCCCAAACUAUAUUACCAACAGCAUUAUCAACACAUAUGUUUUUACCAAAUAAUAUACAUCAACAGAGAAUGGCAGCUAAGAAAGCUGCUGAAAGUGCACAUAUGUCUUCACAUAGAAGGGAAAGAACUCCUCCGGAACAACUGGCUACUACUACAUCUAAUUCUGAAUCCUCAGACGGUAAUAAUUCGAUGCCCAAAAUAGGUAGAAGGCGGCAGUCCAUGGAUAUCCCAUCGAAGAAUAGAAACAGUGGAUUUCUCAAGACUAGGAUGGAAAUUUCUGAAGAAGAGAAAAGUAUACGAACACAUGUAAGACGUACGAAUAAAUAA